AACACGUCAGUUGAUUGAGUUGUUGGCACGGCAGAAAAUUCAGCUGCACAAGAUUCUAGAAACAUAAAACAAAUACGUAUAAAUAAACAGUUUUGCAUUUAUUUAAUUAAAAGUACUUAUAAUUUUAAUUAUUCUAGUGAAAUAAAGUUUGUGUUUUUAGUUAAUUAUCUUUAUUACAACAAUGGUGACACAAAAGACCACGUCAUGGUGGUCUUUGGCUACAAUAGGCUGCAUUUUAUUAAUGACUGCCUCUCAACUACGUGGCGUUCAUUCGGCUGCUGUUAUGUCCGUAGAUAUGGGCUCCGAAUGGAUGAAGGUGGGUAUUGUCUCACCUGGAGUUCCUAUGGAAAUUGCAUUGAACCGUGAAUCGAAGCGCAAGACUCCAGUUACUCUAGCAUUUCGCGAUGGUUUAAGAACUUUUGGCGAAGACGCCGUUACUGUUGGCAUUAAAGAACCAAAGGCUGCUUAUAGUUAUUUGUUGGAUCUGUUGGGAAAAACCAUCGAUAAUCCCAUUGUUGAUUUAUAUAGAAAACGUUUUCCAUACUAUGACAUCAUUGGCGAUCCCGAACGUAACACAGUUAUUUUCAAAAAGAGUGAAACUGAACAGUUCACCGUUGAAGAAUUGAUUGCACAAAUUCUGGUCAAGGCCAAGGAAUUUGCCCAGGAGGCAACCAAUCAGGUCAUUACAGAAGCUGUGCUUACUGUACCUGGUUACUUUGGACAAGCGGAACGUGAAGCUUUACUCACUGCAGCCCAAUUGGCCAACUUGAAAGUAUUGCAAUUGAUUAACGAUUAUGCUGCCGUGGCUCUCAAUUAUGGUGUUUUCCAUCCUUCUGGUAUUAAUGAGACUAGCCAGUAUUAUGUCUUCUAUGAUAUGGGUGCCAGUCAUACUUCCAGCGCUGUGGUCAGCUAUCAAAUGGUUAAGGAUAAACAUACCAAGGAAACAAACCCCGUUGUACAAGUGUUGGGUGUUGGCUACGAUCGCACCUUGGGUGGUUUGGAGAUUCAAUUGAGAUUGAGAGAUUAUUUGGCUGCCGAAUUUAAUGCCAUGAAAAAGACCACCACCGAUGUUACAAAGUCGCCUAAAGCUUUGGCCAAGCUUUUUAAGGAAGCAGGUCGCUUGAAGAAUGUUUUGUCGGCCAACAAUGAUCAUUAUGCACAAAUUGAAAACCUUUUGGAGGAUCAUGAUUUCAAAUUGCAAGUGACUCGUGAGAAAUUGGAAGAAAUCUGCUCGGAUUUGUGGCCUCGUGUGAUUAAACCUUUGGAACAAGCUUUGGCCAAUUCUGGCUUAACAUUAGAUGUUAUUUCCCAGGUGAUUAUGUUUGGAGGCGGCACUCGCGUUCCCAAAGUGCAGGAGACUAUUAAACAAUAUAUUAAACAAGACUUGGCUAAGAAUAUUAAUGCCGAUGAAGCUGCUGCCAUUGGUGCUGUAUACAAAGCAGCCGAUUUGGCCACCGGUUUUAAGGUUAAGAAAUUCAUUAUUAAAGACGCCGUUGUAUUGCCCAUUCAGGUGACCUUUAACCGUGACCCAGGUGAGGGUGCUGAAGUCAGACAAGUCAAACGUGUAUUAUUCGGCCUAAUGAAUGCAUAUCCUCAAAAGAAAGUGAUUACAUUUAAUAAACAUACCGAAGACUUUGAUUUCUAUGUCCACUACGGAGAUUUAAAUCAUUUGACUGCCGAGGAACAGUCCUACAUUGGUGGCUUGAACAUUUCCCGUGUGGAAUUGCAAAAUAUUAAGGAGCUUUUGGAGACCACUAAAAAUGAAUCUGUCGAUUCAAAGGGUAUCAAAGCUUUCUUUGCCCUCGACGAUUCUGGCGUUUUCCGUUGUACUUCCGUUGAGUAUGUGUUUGACAAGCAAAAGAUUGAAACUGAGGAAGAGGAUGAAGGCACCUUAGCUAAGUUGGGUAGUACCAUUAGCAAACUUUUCUCCAAGGAGAAAGAAGAUAAGAAGGAUGAUGAACAAGAAGGCAGUGGUUCCACCCAUGAAGGAGAAGAAGCCAAUGGCGAGGAAAAAUCCAAAGAAACAGCUAAGGACUCUGAAAAGAAAGAAAGCGAUAGUGCUAAAACCGAAGAACAGAAAGAAUCCGCCAAGAAGAAUGAAACCAUUAAAAUUGUUGCCGUAAAGGAACCCGUAGAUCAUACAAUUACUUUGCAAUUCUCACCCCCCAUAUCGGGCAAAUCGUAUGAAAAGUCUAUGAAGAAAUUAGAUGCCAUCAACAAGGCCGAACAGAAAAGAAACCGCUUGGAAUCAUCCUUCAAUGCCCUAGAAACUCAUAUAAUUGAUAUGCAACAAAAGUUGCAAGAAGACGAAUACGCCAACUGCUUGACUGAGGUUGAAAAGGAAAAGAUUUUGGCUCAAUGCUCGGAAAUUUCCGAAUGGCUGUACGAAGACAUUGAAAAUCCAACCGCCGAUAUUUACGAAAAGAAAUUGGACGAUUUGAAGAAAUUGACAAAUGUAUUAAUGUCGCGUCAUUGGGAGCACGAGGAGAGACCAGAUGCCUUGAAAGCUUUGGAUGGCAUGAUUGAUGGCGCCCAAAAGUUCUUUGAAACUGCCAAAAAUCUAACUAAAGACACAAAUCCUGAGAGGGACGUUUUCACCCAGGUGGAAAUUGAUAGUCUUUCAAAGGUGAUCUCAGAAACCGUGGAAUGGAAAAAAGUAGAGUCUCAAGCCCAAAAUAAACUCAAACGCUACGAAGAGGUGAGAUUGACCGUCAAGCAUAUUACCGACAAAAUGGGUCUACUCGAUCGCGAAGUGAAAUAUUUGGUUAACAAGAUUAAAAUGUGGAAGCCAAAAACAAAACCAGCCAAAAAAGGCAAAAAGAAGGAAAAAGUAGAAGGAGCCGAAGAGGAGGCAAAGAACAAAGAAGAAGAGACACAGGAAUCCGGUUCAGGAAGUGAAAAUGCCAACAACGAAGAGGAACAAGUCGAAAUUCCUUCAACCGAAAAAACAGCCGAAGACGAGCAAGUGUCGGAAGAAACCCCAACUCCCACAGAAGAACAUACACCACGUACAGAUCUUUAAAUAGAAUUUAAAACAAGCAAAACCAACAAUUAUAAUUAUUCAAGACUGUGGUAUUUAAAACUUAAACAAAAUUAACUGUGGAGCAUGUCAAAUGCAUAUAAAAGCACAUACAGCCAACAAAAACAACUCACAAACAUCGAUCAGUGAAUUGCAAAACAAAAAAGUUUUAUAAACCAUCAACUCACUAAAUGCCAAUUUAACUACAAGCUUGUUUUGUAAUACGUGGUUCUUUUGAAAGUGUUAUAGCCUUCAAUUAGUUGUUUUAAAAUUUGCUUAAAAAUCGCAUACUACUCAUUAUUACUUACUACAUAUUAGCUAACUAAUAUAUGUAUUGUAUGUAUUUGUUUGGUGUCUCUAAUUUAAUUGAUUUAGGUUUUUUAUUAUAUUUAAAUUGUAAUUUCUUCGUUUAACCAAAAGACACUAACUAAAGAAGUCUUUAAAAGUUUGUGAAACAGCCAACAACAAAACCAUUCCGUCGUUUCCUUUAAUUUUUUCAAACAUUUGAAGGCCUUUACUUAAUUAUUUAAUUUAUUUUUCUAUAACUAGCUAGAAGUUCACUUCUCUUGUACAUUUUAGUGUUUUUCUUUUUUUUCUGUUUCUCUAAAAAUGUAUUUUGAAUUUAAAGGCCUUAUAAAAAAAUGUUUCAUAAUUUUUCAUGAAAAAGAUUAUUUUAAUUUAGCAAGAUUUCUUCUAUUUAUAAUAAGCUUACAAAUUAGUAAAACAAAUAAAGAAAAGAAAAAACACAAAUAUCAAAUUAACAAAAAUAAAAUUCAUUUAAUAAAAAUACAUUUAAAAUUAAA